AUGUUUAAAUGCUUAUUUACUUCGAAUUUAAUAAGUAAAGAGAUUAAAAUCAACUUACAAGCACAGAUAAGUAAUAAUAUAAUAAGAUUUAACUCCAAUACUGACUUUUCUGACAAAAAAAUCAAUGAUCAAAUUAUAUCCAAUAAUAUCCAUACUAUUAGUAUUGAAAACGAUGUGUCAGAAAUAAAAUACUUUUUGGGAAUAGAAUUCAUCAAAAAUGUCAAUAUUAAUACGGAUCACACUGUAACUUUAUCAGACUCACUUUUUUAUGGAUCAAGGAACAUAGAAUCAGUAACAUGUACAAAUAAUAUUGUUGUUGGUCCAAAAUGUUUUGAACAAUCUACAAUAAGAAACAUAGAUUUCACAAAAAUAACUGAAAUUGGGGAAGAUGCAUUUAAAAACUGUUUUAAUAUAAAGAGUGCUAAUCUAAAAUCAUUGACAAGUAUAGGUAAUUCUGCAUUUGCUUCAAGUGGAUUAGAAUCUGUGAUCAUUCCUUCAACAAUAUCAAAAAUUCCUGAUCAUUGUUUCUAUCAAUGUCCAAAUCUAACAAAUGUUGAAUUCAAAGGUCCUGUUGAUAUUGAUCAAUAUGCAUUCGCAGAUUGUUUUCAAUUGUCAAAUGUUGUUCCUGGAUUUGAACAAAUUUCUCAUAUCAAAUAUUAUGGAUUCAGAGGAUGUUCAAUUCAUAAAUUGAAAUUCAACGAUUGUGAACUUGGUGGUGGUGUUUUCCAAAAUUCACACGUCGAAAGUAUUGAUGCAACAAAUCUUAAGAUUGCAUCUAAAGAUUUCCGAGGUUGUCGAAAUCUUAUUUUUGUCAACAUCACAGGAACACUCGAAAUUAUUGACGGACCUCCUCCAGAAGUUCCUUAUUACUAUGAAAGAUCUUCUUUUGGAGGACAAGAGCGUUUCAACUAUUAUUUUCCUAGAGCAUUCGCUUUCGAAGAUUGUGUUUCGUUACAAGAAUUCAAAGUAAAUGCAUGUCAACAAAUUGGAGAUUCAUGUUUCAGAAACUGUUUGAAACUAAAAGAAAUCAAAAUUGUUUCAGAAAUUCUUGGAUCUCAUUCAUUCAUGAACUGUAUUUCGUUGGAAACAGUUGACUUGCGAACAGUUACUCAGAUUGGUGAUGGAUGUUUUGGAGGAUAUGAAAAUCUUAAGAGUAUUAUUGGAUUAGAAACAUCAAGAGAAUACGGUGGCAAUAUUUUCAGUGACUGUCCAAAUUUAGUUAUUUCUGAAGUUGGCAAUGUUGGCUGGGAAAUGUUUUCAAUGUGUCAUUCAAUCAUAAAUGUUGUAUUCAAUGGUAAUACAUUAGAACCUGGAGCAUUUAUGAAUUGUCAAAGUUUAGAAAGUUUUGAAUGCCAGACUGACAUAGGAUAUAUUCCACCGAAAUGUUUUUAUGGAUGUUUUAGACUAAUUAAUGUGAAAUUUUCAUAUCCAAUAGAUUAUUUCGGUAAUUUUUCAUUUUUUAAUACAUCACUUAGAAAUGGAAUCAAUUUUGAAACAACAUAUUACAUGGGGGAUCUGGCAUUUGCAUAUACACAAUUACGAAAUGUAACUUUGUAUGAUAUUGCUUAUGAUUGUGAUGCAAAAUUUUUUCAUUUAGUAAAUUUUAAAGUUAGAGAAGACUUAUUUAAUGAUGCACCAUUUAGAGGCUGUAAAGAAUUGACAAAAGUUAUUUUCAAUUGCACAAGAAUUCCUCCAAUGAUGGGAUUUUUUGAUGAUUGUGAAAAUUUAAGAGAAAUAGAAGUUAUUUCAGAUAAUUUCAUUAAUGAUUAUGGUAUAAUUUAUAACAAAGACAAGACGAUUUUAUAUUCAUUCUUGAUAACAAAUCCCUUGGAAUCUUUCACAGUACCAGAAUCCGUUCAAGAAUUAUAUGAUUUAGCAUUCUACAGGACAAAAUAUUUGAAGAAUUUGACGUGUAAUAAUAUUUUAUAUAUCAAAACUGGUGCUUUCCUAAAAUCAUCACUAGAAAACAAAUAUUUACAAAUAUUAUUAAUGAUUUAA